AUCAUCGAAUACGGUAGUGUCGUCGUUUGUUGUUGAAACGAUCGUUUUGUUGUUUUUCUGCGCUAUUCUCACAGCACAGCAAACGUGUGCGUCGUAGUUUGUGUUCGGCUGUGAAGGGUUCCAACUGUUUCUGUUUUUUUGGUGGCUCAGUCUAGAUCGAGUUCUUCGCCAGUGGAGAAGUUUCCUUUCACUUAUUUGUGUGCGUUCGUAGCAAGCAGUGCUAGGAGUUUAGUGCUUUCAGUGCUACGUGAAGCAAACCCGAAACAGUUGUCAGCGAACUGAAUUUUAUAACUUGCAGUGUUAGUGUCUGGUACGAAGGAAUUAUCAUCACGAGAGCUGAUUAGACUGUUGAGACACUGUGCUGUUAUAUUUCACUGAAUCUGGUUCUUCAAUUGUGGAUUAAACCACACUGGAUAUUUGUUGGUGUUCGUUCGUCUUCUUUUCUUUAGAGAUCACGCGCGCGUCUUUGCCGCAGCAAACAUUUUGCCAUCAUCCCCGGGCCUAGCGAAGGCAACCGCUUUCCCGCGCGAUGGGAUGCGACUGUGAAUCAUGCAUAGCAAAAUCGCUACUAUCAGUGUUCAACUUUGUGUUCUUCGUUCUUGGGUCGAUUGUACUCGGUGUAGGAAUAUGGCUGGCGGCAGACAAAUCAUCGUUUAUAGCGCUAUUGAAAAUGGUUGAAACUGAUCAAUUGGAGCACUUUACACAGCCGGCAGUGAUAGAACAGCUGGCAUAUAUGCUGAUUGUGAUCGGAGCAGUAAUGUUCUUCCUCAGUUUUCUCGGAUACUGUGGAGCGUUGCGAGAGAGCCAGUGCCUCUUGACUACGUACGGCUUGUUCCUGCUGGUGAUAUUGAUUCUAGAAGUGACGGCGUGCGGCUUAGCGGUGGCAUACAAAGACCGCGCCAAGACGGAGACCAAAAAUUACCUUCAGACGACAAUUUCCAAGUACUACUCGAGCAACGAUCGCAAUCAGUCCGACGCCGUAACACUAAUGUGGAACUAUCUGAUGUCCGAGAUGCACUGCUGCGGAGUAGAGGACUAUCGGGACUUCAACCUGUCGGACAAGUGGAACGAAAGCAAGGGCAGUAGGGUCGUACCAGAGGCGUGCUGUGUACAGUCGGCCUUGUUCGAACCGCAGGACAAAAACUGUCCCUUCGAGCCAUCGGAUAGCAAUAGCUACUAUAAACAGGGUUGUUACAACGCACUUAUCGACUGGAUUAUGUACAAUCGGAAUCUGGUUAUCAUCGUGGCCAUCGGGGUAGGAAUGGUGCAGCUGGUUGCAAUAUUCCUAGCAUUUUGUCUAUGCAAAUCGAUCGAAAAGUAUCGGGGAAUGCGGCUGUAAGGAGAACACCUAGAGUUAGGGAAAAAAAACAAAACGGACAAAAAUCGCCAACCAAAUAACUGAGGUUAAACACAAAAUUUCAAUUCUCGAAUACCGUAAGAAACACAAAUGCAUCGCAAAAAAAAUCACACUACGUUCAAAACACAUGGAUACAUUAGAUCGGUGAGAGAUACAAGCAAAACGUUUCGAUCCGAAAAAGUUGAUCGAACGUACAAGUGCACUUUAGAAGUCGAAGACGGAGCCAUCGUUAAGACGAUCGGUACAAAUACUUGAGACAGUCAUUCACAAACGUAGAGGAUAAGUUCCGAUGGAAGUCGCUGAGCACUUCCCGUUUUGGGAGAAAUUUAAGUUUUCAAUUUGCCUAACAUGCUUUAAAGUCUGUAAAAAGCAGUAAACUUGUUUAUUUUUGUUCAUGCUUUAUUGAUCAAUAUUUUAUAAGUUGUGAAAUAUGACUUCGACUAUUCGACCGUACAGUUAACGACAAUCGAUUUUUUUUUUGUUUAUCUGUUAAGGAAAUAAAUACUAUAAUUUAAUAAGAUAUACAAGGAAAA